GAAGUAGCAGAGGAGGAGGAGGGGGAAGAAGAUGCUGGAGAGGAAAAUGACAGAGAAGAUUCAAAGCCCAAGUUAAAGUCUGGUUUCAUGCCUGGUUUGGCAAUUCCCAAAAUCCCAGAGGGAGAAAAAGUUGACUUUGAUGACAUUCAUCGAAAACGAAUGGAAAAGGACCUGACUGAGCUCCAGACUCUGAUUGAAGAUCACUUUGAGAAGCGUAAGAAAGAGGAAGAGGAACUUCUUAGCCUCACAGAUCGCAUUGAGAAACGCAGGUCGGAGAGAGCAGAGCAGAUGAAGAUCAGAGCAGAGAGAGAAAGAGAACGGCAGAACAAACUAGCGGAAGAGAAAGCCAGAAAAGAAGAGGAAGAGGCCAAAAAGAAAGCUGACGAUGAUGCAAGGAAGAAGAUGAUUCUAUCCAACUUGAGUUUCACUGGAUACAAGACACAGACUGGGCCAAAAAGACAAACUGAAAGAGAAAAGAAGAGAAAGAUCCUAAAUGAUCGACGCAAGGAGUUAAACAUUGAUCACAUGAAAGAGGAAAAACUCAGGGAAAAAGCAAAGGAACUGUCUGACUGGCUGCGCCAGCUAGAGGCAGAGAAAUUUGAGCUUCAGUUUAAACUCACGAAACAAAAGUAUGAGGUCACCGUGCUGAGAAACCGUGUCAGUGAUCAUCAGAAAGUUUCAAAGGGACGCAGGAGCAAGCGCGGCCUGAGGAAAUAACAUCUGACAUCAACUGGAGGGAAACAUCUGACAUCCAUGAUAUCACUGAGAGUAAAAUAAACAAUAUAAUAAAAGCUUUCUAAAUACUUGAACAAAGAAGAGCAAAAUAAAUAAAUAAGUAAAUCGGAAAACAUCAAAAGAUUCUCUUAAAUAAGUUAUCUGAAUGAAGUGCAUGCUGAGUUCAUCUGCAGAAGUGUAGCAGUAGAGUUUCUGUUUGCAGACUGAUCAAGUGUUCUAAGCUAAUGCGUAUUUAACAAGGAUUUGUCAGGAAGUGUGUAACCCAUUAUAAUGACUUUGGUAUCUAGAAGGACUCUUAUGUCCUUUCGCUGAAUCUGUCAUUUUUAUAAUGGUGAAGUUGAGACUUAAUUAUUUGGGUUUUGUGUGUACAAUUUUAU